AUGACCGUGGAUGUUAAGAGAAAUGAGGACCAGCGGCCUGUCCUCCACUUUACGCCCCAAAAGGGGUUCAUGAACGAUCCUAAUGGUCUGGUGUAUAGCAACGGCAUUUGGCAUCUGUACUACCAACUGGACGACCGAAGCCUGGUCGCCGGCCAUCCAGAAUGGGGCCAUGCGACGUCGAACGAUCUCUUGAGCUGGCGGUGGCAUAAGAAAGCCAUCAUGGCGCCAUCGGAUCACGAAGCAAUAUGGUCCGGCUGCUGUGUGGUUGAUCGCAACAACACCUCGGGUCAGUUCGACGAGUCAGCCAGCCCAGAUGACCGGAUUGUCGCCAUAUUCACAAUCCACACACAAGGGCACCAGACGCAAAACGUUGCCUUGAGCUCGGACGGGGGCUAUACAUUCACGCAGUACAAACACAACCCAGUGCUCGACAUAGGCUGGGCACAUUUCCGGGAUCCAAAGGUGUUGUGGCAUGAGCCAUCGAACCAGUGGGUAAUGGUCGUUGCAAAAUGUCAUCAGUUCAAGGUUGGUUUCUACGGCAGCCCGGAUCUCAUCCACUGGCAUCAUCUGUCGGACUUUGAAGGCUCUGGUGUCCGCGGGUACCAGUACGAAAUGCCCAACUUGGUGCAGGUGCCGUGGGACAACGACAGCGACCGCAAGAGAUGGGUGCUAUUCUUGAGUAUCGGGCCGGGUGCACCUCUGGGUGGAAGCUUUACCCAAUACUUCCUGGGGGACUUUGAUGGCACCACCUUUACCAGCAGCGACAAUUACCUGCGAACAGCAGAUCUGGGCAAAGACUGGUAUGCGGCGCAAACGUGGUUCGACUCUCCAGAUGGCGCGGUAUAUGGGAUUGGAUGGGCAAGCAACUGGCAGUACUGCAACCGCGUGCCGGCCGAGCGGUACCGGUCAGCGAUGUCCCUCCCUCGCAAGUUCACCGUCCGCGAGGUUUCUUUGAACGUAGCCACAAAGUCCUUGUCGCUCAUCUCGCGGCCUAUAGACCUGGACAACGCUCGAUUGCACACUGAUGAAACGGCGAUGGUCUAUACCAACGGUUCCGCCAAAGACUACCCGUCUAUCCAGGUCAUAUACGAGAGGCGCCUGCAGAGCGGAUCCGGCGCGUUCGAGUUCAAACUCAAGAUCAGGUCGGGGACGCCGGCUGCCCGGGUGUCUGUAGACAUUGCAAACCGGAGCGGCCACUCGAUCGGGCUAAAUUUCCUAGUUGAAGUCGAAGGGAUGUUUGUUUCUCUGGACCGCGGCGGGACUCGUACGGGCUCUUCGUGGGACCAUCCUCUGUUUGACGACAAGGUCUGCAUGUGGGUUCCAAACACGCAAAGCGUCUACGACGUUCACGUCAUACUAGACGCUUUCGUCUGCGAGCUGUUUGCCAUCGAUGGCGCAUAUGCAUUCACCAACACGUUCUUCUUGCAAGGCGGCGUCGUAUCGACCUUUACGGUGUCACAAGAUGCCCCUAUCACGGAGGUCUUUGAUGUUUACGAACUUUGUUCGCUGGCUCCAGCAAAGUGA